AAGCUAAAUAAUUUCGUCAUUCGUUUUUCAAAAUUCGUUUUGUAAACAUCUUUAAAAAUAGUUUUUGUCCAACAUAUUUCAGUACAUAUUUUGUUGGUUGUACGAUCCUGUUUCUGUAAUUUAGCCGAAUCUACUUAAGUGGCUUUUUUAGAAGGGAACAAGGAUACGUUAAAGACUUUGGCAAAAACUAAAUUAAAAAAAAACAAUCAUGUGCUGCGGACCCUGUGGACCUCGAUGCUGUGAUCCUUGUGGAGGAUGCUAUAACUGCUGCGUUGAACUUUGUUGUUCUCCCUGCACUCCAGCUUACAUUCAAUGCACUUUUAUGCCCUGCGGUCCCAGUGGAUGCUGCUAGGAUAUGGUUUUCCUUAUCCAUCAACUGUUCUAGCUUUCUACAACAAACCCAACUGAAUCACACGAAUCUUUAUACCAACAUGAUUAAAUAAACGAAUUGAUUGACUUUA